AUGGAAAAAGCAUUAGCCCGUCUCGCCUCCCGCUCCGAGUACAGGACCUACCUACACACCAAGGCCAUGCCUCGCUUCUCCUCAACCACGCCAAUGGCGCCACCCCGCCUCCUCCUCCGACUCGGUGCCCGCCACUCCUCCUCCACCUCUCAUCCCUCACGCAUCUGGGAUCCCCACGCCGCCUUCGCCGCCGCCGCAGACCGCGCGCGCUCUGGCAACCUCACCCCGGAGGACGCACACCACCUGUUCGACGAAUUGCUGCGGCAGGGCAAUCCUGUCCAGGAGCGUCCCUUGAAUAACUUUCUGGCUGCCCUCGCCCGCGCGCCCGCGUCUGCAUCCUGCAGUGAUUGCCCCGCCCUGGCCGUUGCCCUCUUCGGCCGCAUAUCCCAAGGCGCCGGACGACGGGUGGCGCAGCCAACGGCCUGCACCUACGGCAUCCUCAUGGACUGCUGCUGCCGCGCACACCGCCUCGAUCUGGCGUUCGCUUUCUUCGCCCGUCUCCUCAGGACGGGACUUAAGGCAGACCAAGUCGUCUUCAGCACCCUCCUGAAGGGCCUUUGCCACGCAAAGCGGGCAGAUGAGGCUCUGGACGUGCUGCUUGACAGGAUGCCUGAGCUGGGCUGCACCCCUGACGUGGUGGCGUAUAACACGGUCAUCCAUGGCUUCUUUAGGGAAGGCCAAGUAGGCAAGGCGUGCGAUCUGUUCCAUGAAAUGGCGCAGCAGGGCGUUACACCUGAUGUGGUGACAUAUAACUCGGUUAUUGAUGCGCUGUGCAAGGCCAAAGCAAUGGACAAGGCAGAGUAUUUCCUUGGUCAGAUGGUUGAUAGUGGUGUCGUACCUAAUAAUGUGACAUAUAAUAGCCUCAUCCAUGGAUAUUCCUCUUCAGGCCAUUCAAAGGAGGCGGUCAGGGUGCUGAAAAAAAUGACAAGUCAGGGUAUUAUACCAGAUGUUUUUACUUGCAACUCGCUCAUGGCCUCCCUUUGCAACAACAGAAAAAGCAAAGAAGCUGCAGAAAUUUUUCACUCCAUGGCCAUGAAGGGCCUGAAACCUGACAUCGUCUCGUACAGUACUCUGCUUCACGGGUAUGCCACCGAAGGAUGCUUAGUUGAUAUGACUAAUCUCUUCAAUUCGAUGACUAGAGAUGGUAUUCGGCCUGACUGUCACACUUUGAACAUACUGAUUAAUGCAUAUGCUAAAUCUGGCAUGAUGGAUGAGGCUAUGCUUAUAUUUAAAGGAAUGCGGAAACAAGGAGUGAGUCCAGAUCUAGUCACCUAUUCAACCUUAAUACAUGCAUUCUGCAGAAAUGGUAGGUUGGACGAUGCUGUGAUAAAGUUUAAUCAGAUGAUUGAUACAGGAGUACGACCGGAUGCAUCUGUUUAUUGUUCCCUAAUCCAGGGUUUUUGUACACAUGGCGAUUUGGUGAAAUCAAAGGAAUUGGUUACUGAAAUGAGGAACAAAGGUAUGCGCCCUCCUGAUAUUAAGGUCUUCCAUUCGGCGAUGCAGAACCUAUGCACGGAAGGAAGGGUAACAAAAGCACGGGAUAUCCUUGACUUGAUGGUGCACAUAGGUAUGAGGCCUGAUGUUUUCACAUUUAGUUUACUGAUCGGUGGAUACUGCUUAGUCUGGAAGAUGGAGGAUGCAUCAAAAAUAUUUGAUGAUAUGGUGUCAUAUGGUCUAGAACCGUCUAAUAUUACAUAUGGUAUACUUAUUAAUGGCUAUUGCAAAAACAAAAGGAUUGACGAUGGGCUGAUUCUAUUCAAAACAAUGUUGCACAAGGGACUUAAACCUACAACUUUUAAUUAUAACAUCAUACUGGAUGGAUUAUUUCUGGCUGGACGAACAGUUGCUGCAAAAGAGAAGUUUAAUGAGAUGGUUGAAUCUGGAGUAAGUGUGUGCAUUGAUACAUGCUCUAUAGUUCUUGGUGGACUUUGUAAAAAUAGCUGCAGUAGCGAAGCGAUCACCCUGUUCCAGAAAUUAAGCACAAUGAAUGUGAAAUUUGAUAUUACAGUUGUCAAUAUCAUUAUUGGUGCAUUCUACAGGGUCAAGAGAAACCAAGAGGCUAAGGAUUUGUUUGCUGCUAUACUAGCCAAUGGCUUGGUUCCUAAUGCUGUUACCUACACCAUAAUGAUGACAAAUCUUAUAAAAGAAGGUUCAGUGGAAGAAGCUGACUAUCUUUUCUUAUCGAUGGAGAAAAGCGGCUGUACUGCCAACUCAUGCAUGUUAAAUCAUAUCAUCAGAAGGUUACUGGAAAAAGGAGAGAUAGUCAAGGCUGGAAAUUAUAUGUCUAAAGUUGAUGCAAAGAGCUUUUCACUUGAAGCUAAAACUGUUUCACUGCUGAUCUCUCUGUUUUCAAGGAAAGGGAAAUAUAGAGAACACAUCAAAUUGCUGCCUACAAAGUAUCAGUUUCUGGAAGAAGCCACAGUUGAAUAGUUGGUACAUGAUAUCUGAAAUUUUAACUUGUAUCGUUUGCCAUGGGUCCAUCUGCUUGUACAACAAAUGCAUUUUCUGUAUGUAAAUAGGAAGUCAGUUUCGAACAAGCUAUCAGGAUGAUGCAAAGAGUACAAUUCAGUUGCACCACCAAUAAAAAGACAGAACUAGGCCUGCCAAAACAAAACCAAAUCAAAACUCAAACAGAAGGAGCAAGAUUGUUUUUUGAAGCUGUACAGUCUGCUAGCAAAACACCUACGGGAGACCGUCAGGCGGGGCAUGUAUUGGCUGGCGUCUAAGCGCCUUUGUUCCUUCCAGCAUCCAUGGCUUAGCCUCACAUGAAAUCGAGUCAACCAAUUCCUGUCGGUUUUGGGUGGCUCCAUUGAAGAUGCAAUCAUUUUCAGCCGCCAGAUAUGCAUGGUCAGAUUAAUUAGCGAGAGUGCCCCUUUUGUCUGGUUGGAGAAAGAUUUCGAAGAAGCUGAGCAGCAACAGGAGCUUGACCGACUUGUUCUCACCGAAGCCAGUUUGAGGGGGCGGAGUCUGAUGGAUUUUGGUGAGCUUCGCCAUGGUUUUCUCUUCUGUUCCUUGGUGCAGGGCCUGAUGGAAUUAUGCUGAACUGUAACAUUUAAUUACUACAAAACAGUUUUUUUUGUAGUUGUUCGUUGUAUAACCACGGAAUCCCAUUAUCUUAUUAUAUUCAUUGUCUUUUUUUCUUAUGUUACCUGAGCUCAAGUUCAGCCUGUUCUUUUUUCCUCAUAAUAGUUCAUUACUCACUGAGAAGUGAAGGUCUUAGACCUGAUUUUUUUUGUACUAAUUUCCGAAGCAGAACUGUUCUUUGAG